UGUUUGCAGCCUUCUCCCUCUUCUCCACGAUUGACAAUGAUCUCAACAGCUCUGGCUCUUCGGAGCUCUUGCAGUUUGUUUUCUGGACGUCUCCAAAUUUGUUCGUUGAUAUCGGAAUCUCAUGAUGAGAGUAUUUUUGUUAACGCUGUUUGCGUUUAGCGUCGGCAUUUGCGCGGCUGUUGAUCCUCAUGAGCACAACAAAAUCGUCUGCUACUGGAACUCUACGUCCUUCAAUCGUCCUGCUGCAGGAAAAUUCAAUAUUCAGGACUUGCAGCCGGCUCUCGGGCUCUGCACACACCUCAUUUACGGAUUCGCAGGAAUCAAUAAUGAAAAUUUCGAGGCAGUUCCGUUACAUCCAGACCUCGAUACCGGCGCUGGUUACGGAUUUUAUAAACUCGUCACUCAGACGAAGAGAGUCUUCCCCGAUUUGAAGGUUUAUCUCAGUGUCGGGGGUAAUGCCGAUCCUUAUGAAGAUACUCACAAAUAUUUGACCUUGAUUGAGACCCCCGAGGCCAGAACCAAGUUCAUCAACUCAGUAGUCCGUCUUCUGAACGAAUACGACUUCGACGGAGUCGAUCUCGCCUGGCAAUUUCCCCCAGUCAAAGUACAGAAGAAGCGCGGAACAUUCGGCUCAAUCUGGCAUGGAAUCAAGAAGACCUUUGGGUACGGCAAAUUCAAGGACGAGAAGGAGGAGGAGCACAGGGAUGGGUUCACAAACUUGGUCCGUGACCUGAAAGCCCAACUGAGACCCAGGAAUAAGGCACUCACGCUCACUGUCUUGCCGCACGUCAACACCAGCGUGUACUACGAUGCAAGAUUAUUGACACCGAAUAUCGAGGCCGUUCACUUGAUGGCCUUUGAUCAGCGAACGCCUGAGAGAACUCCCAAGGAGGCUGAUUAUCCAGCGCCUGUUUAUGAGAGCUAUGGGAGGAUUCCUCAGGAUAACAUCGACGCUAAUGUUCGUUACUGGCUGGAGCGCGGUACACUCGGUGGUAAAAUCGUGGUAGGCAUUCCGGCGUUCGCCCGCACCUGGAAAUUAACCGAAGACAGUCAAAUCUCUGGAGUCCCUCCAAUUGUGACUGACGGUCCCGGGGCGGAGGGUCCCCACACGGCGACCCCAGGCCUCCUCUCGUACGCCGAGGUCUGCGCUCGCUUGACGGAGUCAUCAGUGGGUCGUGUCAGACGCGUCAGCGAUCCGUCAAAGAAGUACGGAAGCUAUGCCUAUCAGCCCUACAACUCAGACACCGGUGCCGAGGGCAUUUGGAUCGGCUACGAGGACCCUGACACAGCCGGUAACAAAGCCAGUUAUGCCAAAGCAAAAGGUCUCGGUGGUGUCGCCAUUUGGGACUUGUCUACUGACGAUUUCCGUGGCACCUGCACCGGGGACAAAUUCCCCAUUGUCAAGGCGGCCAAAUACAAACUGUAAACUACGUAAUGCCAACAUGAUUGAUAUUAUUCACAUGUAUUUGGUAAUAAAUUUCGAGUGUUGAGAGGAGUCAGCGGUUCAAUGUCAUUGUAAACAUUCAUGUCACGAAAAUAACGUCGAGGGCAAUCAUGUAUUUGAGUCAAUGGGUCAGGCAAUCAAGUGAUAAUUCAUCGAAUCAUUUUGAAAUGAUUUCAUAUUGAAGUUGGUUUUUCAUUUUAACAAUGAGUUCAGUUACGAAAAAUGACCAGGCGAGGUUCGAACCCACGACCUUGGCAUUACCAACUCGCUCGUCUAACCAAUUGAGCUGUGGGAAGUCACUACAUCAUUUUAUAUGAUCAUUCGAAAUAUUUUUGAAUAAUGAAAUGGUUUAUUUUUUAAUCCGUUCAAACGAAACAUCGAAAAGCUAUUUUAAAAUUUGAGGACUUAAAUACUUCAGCGGAAGAACAGUGAAGCAGAUCAAGGGCAACUCCCACGCGGGAAUUUGAACUCACAACCUUCAGAUUACAAACUACUCUAACUAAUGAAGCUGUCGGGGUUCACAUCGAAUAUUUUAAAACAGCUUCAGAAAUACGAGUAAAGAAAUAGUAUUUAGUCGACUGAAAAAUACAACGGAAAAUAGCUCUUUCUAUUGAGAAAACUGUAAAUAAGCUGCGGAUUUUCUCAACAGAAUCGGCCAACAACUAAUAGAUUCCAUUUUUUAUUAAAAUGUUUCGUACGCGUCCUCUAAUAAUUUUCAAAAUUAUGGCUGGGUAACCGCAAACGAGUUUAAACCUCUUUGAAUCAACUCAUAUUAUUAUAGAUAUUCACAUAGAUACGGGAUUCCCCGUUCGGCACCUCCCCCCACAAGGCAAAAUUUACCAUUACAUUAAGGUAUCAAAUUAAAUCCAAACAAUGUCAAAAUAUAUGAAUUUGAAAAAUAAAUAUGAAAAUAAAAUAAAAGGAAAUGAUAA